CAAUUUCAAUCAAUUACGAAUCAUUCUUGAACUCUACGACUCAACAUGGACCGAGGAGAACAAUCUAGUUUGCACAAACUACUCCAGACUCUCCAGCAGAGUAGGGGUGUCAUCUUGUCUGACAACGACGAACAAGAACUGGCCAACACUGCAGGCUAUCUAAAACAAUUGUCUGUCUUGGCAAAUAUCCUCAAGCAGGACCACCCUCGUGAAUGCAGUGCACUUUCAGAUGUGAUCGCCAUUUGCAGCCAACCCCCAGAGCUCGGAGGCCUUGGAUUGACAAAGUCUGUCACUACAAACGGAGAUCAGGAAUCCGAAAUUCUUUUCCUGGUAUCGGCAUGGCUAGAGGCCUUGAACUCUGCUGACAGAGCGAAGUCACCGCCUGUACCGCUUUCACUCCGACCACCCGGGCGACGGGGUAUGACCCUCAGCGAGAAGAUCUUCGCCUUCCAUGACAUUGACAGGAAGGGCUCCGUUGCCCCCGGUGAGUUAAUCCGAGUAGAUGUUGACUGGGUCAUUGCCUCCGAGGCUUCGUGGUCGGGAAUGGAACGCACGUAUAACAUGCUCGGGAAACCAGGGAUCUUCAGAAAUGAUCGUUUCUGGCUAGCUGGCGACCAUGUCGUGGACCCGCGUGUGAACAAAACUCCCAAGGUUCAGGCUUUGAUUGACGCAAGUGAGCGUGCUAGACGAGUCUUCAAAAUGACCGAUUACCAGGGAAUGAAUUACACCAUUCUUCACACCGAGUUCUACCGAGAACGCGCCCAACCUGGAAUGGUAGUUAUCGGAUCCGACUCCCAUACAUGCUCGUCAGGGGCUCUGGGCUGUCUUGCUAUCGGGCUUGGGGCAGCCGAUGUCACUUUGCCCCUGGUAACAGGAGAAACCUGGUUCAAGGUUCCUGAAUCGGUGAAUAUCCGCUUAACCGGCGCUCCCAAACCCGGGAUUGGGGGGAAAGAUACCAUUCUCUAUAUCCUCCAGCAGCUAAAGCGAAACACCGUUGCAGCGGAUAGAAUUGUAGAAUUCAGUGGGCCAGGCGCGAAACAUCUUUCCUGUGAUGCCCGAUUUGCUAUCUGCAACAUGACAACUGAGUUUGGCGGUAUCACUGGAGUGUUUGUACCGGAUGAGAUUACAGAAGACUUUAUUCAAAGACGUCAUCUGCUCCGACACAAGAAUGCCGGCGUUUACUUCCAACCGGACGAAGAUGCCGUCUACGCCGAAACUCAUACCAUUGAUCUCGGUAACGUCCGUUCCUUUAUAGCCAAAUAUCCUAAUCCGGACGAUGUUGUACCCGUCACAGACGAAGAGGGCAUGGACUUGGACGGAUGUUUUAUCGGCGCCUGUACUACCGCAGAAGAGGACUUGAUUCUGGGUGCUCUCGUUCUCGAACAGGGAUUGAAGAAUGGCUUGAAGCCCAUUCCUAGAGGGAAGAGAAAAGUCGUCCCGGGAUCGAUGCCCAUCCUACACAGACUACAGGAACUAGGACUUGCAACAUUCUACGAGGACGCCGGCUUUGAGAUCGGUAUCCCAGGGUGCAGUUAUUGUGUCGGGAUGUCCGCCGACCAGGCUGGGCCCGGAGAAGUGUGGCUUUCCUCGCAGAAUCGGAACUUUGAGAAUCGGAUGGGUAAAGGAUCGAUCGGAAACUUAUCCUCAGCAGCGACAGUAGCCGCCUCAUCGUUCGAGAUGAAAGUCCGGGACCCACAUGAACUACUGGCAGCUAUUGACCUGGAGCGAUGGAAUCGUCUUCGAGGGAUUUCUUCGUGUAAAGCUUUACCGUCGGUGUCGAAGGGCCCAACAUAUGUUGAACCAAGUGGCGCUCCCACAAACCCAAGAGGGUCGAAUGUACAGACUCCGGGUUUAUGUCACUCGAAAUCCCGUUCUGGGCACGAUAAGCCCUCUGAUGGGAACAUUAUGAGAGGGAAAGUCCAGCUACUUGGCGACUUCAUCGACACGGACGCAUUGGCUCCGGCCAUGUUUUUGAUGAACAUGAAAACGAACGAAAUCAGCGGAUCGCACUGUCUACAGCUGACGCACCCCGAGUUCCGCCAGCGCGUCAAGGCCGGGUUUAACAUUAUUGUUGCAGGCAAAGCUUUCGGGUGUGGGUCAUCACGAGAGCAAGCCGUAAUGGCGCUUCUAGGCUGUGGGGUCCAGUGCGUUAUCGCCAAGUCCUUCGCCUUCAUCUUCCAGCGGAAUAUGCCAAAUCUCGGUCUCCUGGGUAUCACCAUGACUGACGAUGCUUUCUAUGAGUCUGCUGCGGAUGGGGCCGAGAUCUCGAUCGAUUUCACGGCGAGAUUGAUCGAGGUCGAUGGGAAGCGGUUCGGCUUCGAGCUCAGUCGUAUGGAGAGGGAGCUUUUCAAAUAUGGUGGUAUUGCAUCUGCGUUCCAGAAGUUUGGGAAUAGUUUGUUUGAGAAGAUGACGGGCCCGAAGAAUCUGGGUGGUGCGAACGAGAUUUCGGUCGAGAAUGAGGGUGCUCAUCCGCAUGCUGGUUUGCAGUGGUAGUAGUCAUUAGCUACGGCUAUCAAUCCAGAUUAUCUUUUUUUUU